GUGUGUGUGUGUGAGUGGGCAGUGAGCAAGUGCAACUCAUGGUUUAUGGAUUGUGGUGAUAACGCAACAUAGUUUGUCCAGAUCAGGACACACCUUCCCACACACACACACACACACACACACACACGUGUAAAUAUGUGGAGCAGGAGUUCCUCUUCCUCAGUGUGUGUAAGAAGACAGGAUGAAAGACACGGUGCAGGUGUGUGGGCUGUGUGUGGGGUUUUUGGGGUGUGUGAGCGCGGCCGUGUCACUGCAGGUCCGAUCCUGGAAAGAGUCGAGCGAUGAAGGCAGCGCCAUCACCACCUCUGAUUUAUUCGAGAACCUGUGGAUGUCCUGCGCUGGAGACUCAACUGGCACCUACAACUGCUGGUAUUUUCCAUCCUUAUUUGCCUUACCAGAUUUUGUCCAGGCGUGCCGUGCACUUAUGAUCUCCUCCAUCGUGUUGGGGACGUUCGGUCUCAUCUUCACGCUGGUCGGCAUGCAGUGUUCCAAAAUUGGAGGAGAGAACUACAUAGUGAAGGGACGAAUCGCUGUCCUCGGGGGCGUGUUCUUCAUCCUGCAGGGUGUGUGUACGCUGAUCGCCGUGUCCUGGUACGCUUCCAACAUCAUACAGCAGUUCUACAACCCAAUUUACCCAGGAAUCAAGUAUGAACUAGGAGAGGGUUUGUAUAUCGGCUGGUGCUCAGCGACACUCGCUCUGAUUGGUGGCUGCUGCUUACUGUGUGUGUGUGGAAACAACAAAGAUAAAAAAAUCAGAGUGGCAUCACACACUACCUCGGCUGUGUCCCGAAUCUCUCACACACCUUCCACACAGCACAGACUCAGCUCAUACGUGUGAGUCAGAGAACCAUCAUCAUCACCUUCUUCAUCACCCCCACCACCACCACCACCUCCAUCAUCAUCACCUU